AUGGACGUUCUCGACCUCGUAAACGACACCAACCAAGUCGGACCAGGACACGACUUUCUGGUGCGCCCCUUUGUCUGCACAUUUGAGAACUGUGACCGCGCUUUUGCACGUAAGAGUGACCUCGCCCGUCACUUCCGAAUCCACACCAAUGAGAGGCCAUUUGUCUGUGUCUACCGUGGAUGCGGGAAAGCAUUCAUUCAGCGCUCUGCGUUGACUGUGCACACCCGUGUCCACACUGGUGAGCGCCCUCACCACUGCGAGACAUGUAACAAGGCAUUUGCCGACUCAAGUUCGCUGGCCCGCCACCGUCGUAUCCACACGGGCAAGCGUCCCUACGGAUGCAAGGUUCCGGGAUGUGGGCGCCAGUUUGCGCGUCGCAACACGUACCUCAAGCACUUUAAGCGUCAACAUCCGGACCUUCCUCCUCCCACCUCGAGCUCGGUUCGUGCACUUCACAUGCCAAACAUGGGCUCGCGUCCAUUCCUCGGGUCUGCCGGCUCUGUCCCUCCUUCGGGAAGCGACAGCAACGACUACGGGACACCUCCCUCUAACGUUGGACCCCCCCACGGCUACGCCGCCUCUCAUCCGCCAGAGGGUGCGGCGUACUCCUACAACGGCGGGUUCGUCAACGGGAUGCUCCACUCCUCCCAGCUCGCACCCAACCAAGGAGCAGGGCUCCACCCCUACUUCCACCCCAGCCAUGCGGAAGCGCAAGGUCAUGGUUCCCUCUCCUCGCUCUCCCACCCGGGUGGCAGUUCCGAUCAGGGCGGCCAAACGACUCCGGGUGAGCGUCCCGACGUCCAGUAUCCGCACCCAGGAGGGCACCUCGGCUUCAACGGUGCGUCGCUCCAGCAGAACAACCUCGGUGUCGCAAACGGUGGCGGUGAAGGUGGUGAGCAGUCCAUCUUCUCGUACCAGGAAAACUCCGUCCCGCGUCUUCCAGGUCAAGUCGGAAACCCGAUGAGCAACUCGUCCUUCUACUACAAACAGGAAGCUCCAGGCGGUGGUAUGCGCCCGUUCCAGCCGGAAAAUGGCAUGAUGACCCAGGCUCCUUGGGGCCAGGUUGGCGGUUUCAACCCCUCGCAGCUGUCUCUCCCUCCUCUCAACUCGGGCCUCCAGCCGUCGUAUCAGCAGCAGGGUGGGUUCCACCCACAACAACAGGACCAGGACGCUGGUGCUGUCAAGAGCGAGCCAAAGCCAAGUCACUCACCCGUCUCGGACCGUGCCAACACCCCCGAAGGCCUUGUCGAUGUCAGCUCGAUCUCCGCGAUCAAGUACCCGCAGUCGGUGCCAUCAUACCCACCCAUUGCGACGUUCACCGGGCUCACUCACAGCCACAUGCCUGCCCCUCUCCUUCCCAACAUCCCUGGCGGGCAGCCGGCUCUGCACGCGGUUCCCCCGCAGAUGCAGAGGUUCCACUCGGCUCCCAUCGUCCCCACCAUCAAUAACAACGGAUGGAACAACUUCGAGCAGUUCAAGGCGACGACUCCAGGCGCUCCCGGCGCACCCUGUUUCAACGACCGCAUGCCUCUUCGUCGCAUGCCCAUGACCGGCGAGGCAUGGCAGCAGGGCCCACCACCCCAGCCUCAGCCCAUCGACGAUGGCAGUCACGACGCGUCUGACGCCGAGUCGGCCUCUGCGAAGAGUGCCAAGACUCCUGCCAUGGCUCCCCGCGUGCCAGACUGGAACCCUAGCCCCAGCUUCCCCACUGUUCGCGGUGCUGCCCAGUUCCGAUACCCAUCGGCUGGUUCAGCCGCCUCGCCAGGCUCGUCGAUGCUCAACGCGGGCCCCGCGCCCCACUCUUUGCCACCAAUGCCGGGGGCGUUUAACAUCAACCCUCCCACUAGCUAUUUCCAGCCCAACGCUUCCCAGGGCUGGACCACUGUCCCCCACAAGGACCAGCCCUUCGUCGCCCCCAACAUGCUCGCUCGUCAGUCGUUCAUGCCGCCCUACAUGCAGCACCAGAACAGCCAGGACAGCCAGCUGUCCAUCUCGUCGGACAAGCUGCCGAUGGGCCGUGACCGCCAGGCCAGCGGUGUCUCGUCUGUCGGCUUUGGCCUCGCCAACGUCACCUUUGACGAGGGCGACGCGUCGGGCGACGAGGACGACAAGCCCUGGACACCGUCGGUGGUCGGCUCCCCCGUCAUUGGCGAGGAGGAGCUCGACUCGGACGAGGAGGACGGUGCCGGGGACGACGACUCGGACGAUGACUACGUCCUGGGCGGCAAGCCCAAACGCAAGGGCAGCGGCGGUAGCGGCAAGCGCGGGCGCAGUCGCACUAUCCCCCGCCCGGCCGGCAGCCAACAGCCCCAGCGCCGAGUGCUCGCCUAA